CCUGGGAGGCGGGGCUUUGCGGCAGUUGGCUGACAGCUGGCGGGAGGGGCCCUGGUUACCGAAGGAAGGAACGCGGGCCCCGGGACCCCAUUGGCAGUUGUGAAGUGUUUGACCUUUGAGAGGUACUUGCUUAAUCACUCAACAAAUGUUGAGUGAUUUCUGCUUAAUACUAGAAACUGGGUGAUGCAGAGUGAGAGAACAGGAAGAAAAACAAAAUGAGGCAUCCAAAGCUAAGGGAACUUGCCGUGAUGGAGAGGUGGAUACAGAAACAACAAAGUACAGUAUGAAGAUAUAAUUAUUAUUGCUAUUUAAGAGAAUUGCUCUUAGAAGGGAAAGAAUCUUCUUUUGGUGACAACACAAAGUCUGUGAAAAUGCAGUGUGAUUGAAUAUAUGUUGGAAAAGAAAACCCUAUUGCCAGUUGUUUACCACUGAUCCGGCUGUUGGCUCGCAGAAGGAUGUGAGUUACCGAAAUGAACAGUGUAAACGCACGCAACUGAUCAUCCUCACAAUAGGAAGAAAAAUCCUGCUACUUACUGUUUGCUUAUAAAGAUGCUACAGGGAAUGCGUGGUUGCUGGAGGAGGUCAUGGAGAGGACGUGACCAAAGGGUGACCCGUGGGCUGGACCUGGCUAAUGGGAGGCUCCUCAACCUCUCCCCUGUCUUGGGAAUGUUUGUUCUGCCUGCUGUUCCGGCAGUGGGAGCCAUUUUCAAGGAUGAAGCCUUGAGAGAGUAAGAUGUUGUUGGGACCAUCUGGACUGAAUAUGUGACUGAACCCCCUUAAAACCUCUAUAUAAACUUUGGAGAUUCAGGCAGGUGCGUGCAGAGAUCUACUCAUCUUGCAGCGCCCAAGACAAGCCUUGCAGCUGGGAUGACGAGUUAGCUCAGAAGAGCAACCCUCGAGGGACUGUGAUGUAUCCAGCUGGUCUGAUUCACCCCCCACUGCUGGUCCAGGAGACAGCUUUCAUCUUCACCAUGUUCCUCAGCAUGAAUGCCACUGACAUGAGCCCCACAGGAAGUAUGACCUCAUUCUGCCUCUCAGCAGAACGGUUGCUCAGGCUGUUUUUUAAAAGAAAACAAGAGCAGUUGUAGGCUGCCUUUCCCAAGAACUACGAGCUCUUCUAUUCUAGGAAACAGCCAAAAGAACAAGAGGCUGCCGAAGACAAAAUUUCUCUGCAACGGCCUGCACAGGGCAAUGUGUGCAGCCAUCUUUUAGGAGGAGGACAAGGUGGAUUUUCCUUUCUUAACAUCUGCACCUGUUGAUACGCUGACGCUAUUUUCAGCCGAAGAACUGCUAAGUCCUGGAUUUCUCCUCUCUCAACCACAGGAAACUUCAUAUUUCAGUAAUUUUUUUUGUUAUUUAUCAAUAGGAAGAAGGGACUGGGAACUUUCUUUGGAAGGAAUAUGUAUGGGCAGAUUAUUUUUCAGUACAGAUGAGUUGUUUUGAUGGAACUGGUAGAUGCGAUCUGUUUCUUGAAAAGUCUUAGAGCUGCAACUGAAGUCUUUUUCAGUGUUACUAAUACUUGAUUAACUAUUAGUUAACUGUAGCCUGUUAUAACUAUUUGUAAGAUGUAGCAGUAAGACCUUGCUUUCUGCUAUGCAAUUUGUUGGCUUAAAAUUAAACUUGAUGAUUGGGAGUAACUAACAUAGGGUAAUUUGGGCUGGACAAAAAGUGAAAGGACAAGUGACAUACUAUUAUGUUAGAGGGCAAAAAAUAUUAUUUUAUAUUCCAAGCCAUUAAAAUCUAUGAAUGUCUGCUUUGACUUAGAGAUCUUCCAAGGAAUGCCAGAAGUUCUCCUGAUUUCUCUUAAGGUCUCUGUAAGAAAAUCUGUAAAGUUUGAACAAGCAGCCUUCCCAAGAUGAACCGAAUAUCUCAACUGAUGUCAACACCAGUAGCAAAUUCUUCCCGGUCUGAGAAAGAAUACGCUGUAGAACUGUCUCCCCCAUGCAUUUUCCCAAGUCCCUUUGACUGCUGCCCCAUAGAUCCCCUGACAGGCUCCCACCUUACCUGUCGCCGAAGUCCCAGACUCCUCACCAAUGGCUACUACAUCUGGACCGAAGACAGUUUUCUCUGCGACAAAGAUGGCAACACAACUCUGAGCCCCUCCCAGACCAGUGUCCUGUACAAGGAGAACUUAGUCAAAAUAUUUAGAAAGAAAAAGAGAAUCCGCCGUUCUUUUUCUUCUCUCUUCAACCUCAGUGCCUCUGAAUCUUGGCUGCAUGGAAACACCUUUGGUAAUGCUGACUCUUCCCCCAAUGAGGACGUCUGGUUGGAGGGGGUCAGGAGGCUGGAAACAAACCAUUGCAAUGAAAAUGGAGGUGGUUUGGACUGUUCACUGAUGGAUAACUGGGAGUCGGAGAAGCUAAAUGCAGAGUCUGUGAAAACCUCCUUUUCCAGCCAUGUCACCUCUCGGAGUCCUGGAGAAAACUCCCACAACCUGCCUCCUCGGUCCCAGUUCACAGCUUCUGAACCUUUCCAGGAAAACAUUUUGGAUCAUCCAAAUAAGAAUACUCAAGUUCUGACAGGCCAAGUAAGCCUCUGUACAUGUUCUGUGUUGUAUCUAGAAUGUCUCCCACGGGCUACACCUGGAAGACCCCUGCUCUUUCUUCAAGAAACCAGUUUGUUAGGAGAGGUCUCCUUUCAAGCAACUCUGUUUGCUGCAUGCUUAAUUAUCUCUGCCUGUGCAAGAUGGUUUCUGGGAGGAAUCAUAGCCAGUGUCUUCACAUGCUCCUUGGUGAUAACCAUUGCUUAUGUCGUCAAGUCAUUUCUUCUCAGCCUUGCCAACUCUUUCAAAGCCACCACCUGCACUUGGUUUUGCCAAAAUUUGACAACCAUUCAGGAGAGCCUCUGAUGAAUGUCUUCAAUCUGAAUAUCCAGAAAUUGUCCCAUUUGUAGUCUGCUUGGAAUCAACUGUUUUAUUGGAAAGAGUGAACAAGUGGAUAACUGAGAAAAAAGAACAUUUUAAUUUGGUUAUGUGGUUUAAAAAUAAAUCUCAGUUUUGGCCUCACAAUGAUAAUAUGCUCAUGAAAAUAAUAUUAAUUUGUCUUUCCUCUGCAAACACAAGCAGUUGCAAGGAAAGGACUGGGAAACGUGACAGAGAACAAACCACCUGGAUGAGUGUUCUCUUAUUAUACCUUAAGGCAGUGGUUCUCAAACAUUAAUUUUCUUUAGAGAAUUCUAUGAGGAGCUUAUAACAAUGCAGAUUCCUGGGCCUGCCUGCCUGUACCUAUCCCUUGCUGAACUGCUGCAGUUGAACAAAGAAAGGGAAUUCACAUAAUCAGCACCAACUUGAAAGUAAAUAAAUGCGGUUUGUACAUAAACUAUAAUGUAGAAAAAGUUUUCAGUUCUUCCCAAGGAAUGGCCUAAUAGAAGGUGGUGACAGUAGAUAAUGGUUGAUGGAAAACAGGCAGGAGAGAGCCAUUUUUCAGAAAGUUCUUCUUUCUAACCAGUUUCUUUACCAAGUUUUCAAUCAUCUUGGCACUCAUGAUUACCUUUCACUCAAACUUCAAUUCAAAUAAAGAUAUAACACACAAAAAAUACCUCAGGGGCAAAAUAAAGGCAAAACACCGCAGUGCUUUGAAAUACACAAAAAUUGCACAGUUGCACUGAGGGAUUACAGGAGAUGCUCCUCUCCAUCCCUCUUGCUUGGUAUAUGUUCCCAAAUGUGGCCUGCGGUUCAAAUUUGUUUUGCAUGACAUUCUCUGGCUGGAGAAUUGUGUGGAGAAAAUUGUCUUUGCUUAAAAUGGUAAUGUCAAAAUAUCACUUUUUAUAUCAAUCGUACUUAGUGCCUUUUUGGUUGAAAAAGUUUUAUGGUAAUAAAUGGAGUCAUCAAUGA